AGGAGGAUUGGAUUGAUGCACCAACGGUGCUGCUGGCAGCAGUGCCCCCGAGGUGGAGGGGAGCAGGCGCGGGCUAGGGGAGAGGAGGACGGGCCCCCGAUCCAGAGCAGCGUGACAGUAAGAGACUCAUUCAGUGACAACUUAUUGACCAUCUGAUGGAUCCAGGGCGCUCUGCCAGAUAAAGGCGAGGCAAAAGAAAGUGUAACCAGUAAAGUCUCAAUUUACUUUGAAAGGAAUGUGAUGUUAAUUCUGGGGCAUUGAUGUUUUACAAUGCCUGAUCAAGACAAAAAAGUGAAGACCACAGAAAAAUCAACCGAUAAAAAACAACAAGGAAUCAUCACCAGGGACUAUUCAGAUCUUAAAAGACUUCUGUGCCUUUUGAACGUUCAGUCAAGCAAACAACAGCUUCCAGCCAUUAACUUCGAUAGUGCCAGAAGCAGCAUGACGAAGUCUGAGCCUGCCAUCAGGGUGGGUGGACAUGGAGCUCGAGGUCAGUGGCACGAGUCCACAGAAGCCAUUGAACUUGAAAAUUUUAGUAUAAACUACAAGAAUGAGAGAAAUUUCAGCACACAUCCCCAGCAUAAACUAUUUCAGGAGAUUUUUACAGCCUUGGUGAAAAAUAGACUCAUAUGCAGAGAGUGGGUUGAUCGAGCCCCAUCUCUUCAUUUUCUGAGAGUAUUAAUUUGUCUGAGACUUCUAAUGAGGGAUCCACGUUAUCAGGAAAUACUCCAUAGCUUGGGUGGGAUUGAAAACCUAGCUCAGUACAUGGAGAUCGUGGCCCACGGGUACCUCGGCUCCGGGGAGGCGCAGCACAGCGUGGACAAGCUGGUCAACAUGACGUAUAUUUUUCAAAAACUUGCUGCUGUCAAAGACCAAAGAGAAUGGGUCACCACAAGCAGAGCCCACAAGACAUUAGUAAAUUUACUCAGUGCCCGAGAUACUAACGUUCUGUUGGGUGCCCUUCUGGCUGUGGCUAGUUUAGCUGAAAGUCCAGAAUGUAGGGAGAAAAUAAGUGAACUCAACAUUGUAGAAAAUCUGCUGAUGAUUUUACAUGAAUAUGACUUGCUUUCCAAAAGGCUCUCGGCUGAGCUGCUGCGCCUGCUCUGUGCCGAGCGCCAGGUGAGAGAGCAGGUGAAGCUCUACGAGGGUGUCCCCAUCCUCCUCAGCUUGCUGCACUCAGACCACCUACAGCUGCUGUGGAGCGUCGUCUGGAUCCUGGUUCAGAUUUGUGAGGACCCUGAGAUGAGUGUGGAAAUUCGCAUUUGGGGAGGCAUCAAGCAGCUUCUUCAUAUUUUACGAGGGGACAGAAAUUUUGUUUCUGAUCGUUCCUCCAUUGGAAGCCUGUCUAGUGCCAAUGCGGCAGGCCAAAUCCAGCAGCUUCAUUUGUCAGAAGAUUUCAGCCCUCGGGAAAUACAAGAAAAUACUUUCUCUCUUCAAGCAGCCUGCUGUGCGGCCCUCACGGAACUGGUGCUCGACGACACCAACGCCCACCAGGUGGUUCAGGAAAAUGGUAUAUAUACAAUAGCAAAAUUAAUUUUACGAAAUAAACAAAAGAAUGCAGCAAAAACUAAUCUAUUACAGUGUUAUGCUUUCAGAGCCUUGAGGUUUCUCUUCAGUAUGGAAAGAAACAGACCACUCUUUAAAAGACUUUUCCCCACCGACUUGUUUGAGAUCUUCAUUGACAUAGGACAUUAUGUUCGUGAUAUCAGUGCUUAUGAAGAAUUAGUAUCAAAGUUGAAUUUAUUAGUGGAGGAUGAACUGAAGCAAAUUGCUGAAAAUAUUGAAAGCAUUAAUCAGAAUAAAGCUCCUUCGAAAUAUAUAGGCAACUAUGCAGUUUUGGAUCAUCUUGGAAGUGGAGCUUUUGGCUGUGUUUACAAGGUUAGAAAGCAUAGUGGUCAAAAUCUUUUAGCAAUGAAAGAAGUCAAUUUACAUAACCCAGCAUUUGGAAAGGAUAAAAAAGAUCGAGACAGCAGUGUAAGGAAUAUUGUUUCUGAAUUAACCAUAAUUAAAGAGCAGCUUUAUCAUCCCAAUGUUGUACGCUAUUACAAAACAUUUCUGGAAAAUGAUAGGUUGUAUAUAGUUAUGGAGCUUAUAGAAGGGGCCCCUCUUGGAGAACAUUUCAGUUCUUUGAAGGAAAAACAACAUCAUUUUGCUGAAGAGAGACUAUGGAAAAUAUUUAUACAGCUGUGCCUAGCUCUUCGGUACUUACACAAGGAGAAGAGGAUCAUCCAUAGAGACCUGACGCCAAACAACAUUAUGUUGGGGGAUAAGGACAGAGUAACAGUUACUGACUUUGGCCUGGCAAAGCAAAAACAAGAAAGCAGCAAACUUACAUCUGUUGUAGGAACAAUUCUGUAUUCCUGCCCUGAGGUGCUGAAGAGUGAGCCAUAUGGGGAGAAGGCUGAUGUCUGGGCAGCAGGCUGCAUCCUUUAUCAGAUGGCGACUCUGAAUCCUCCCUUCUACAGCACAAACAUGCUCUCCCUGGCCACAAAAGUAAGCAACCUUGGAAGACAAAAGGGUCUCAUGUUGCCAAAAACACCAUUCCUUUUCUUCUUAAGUAGAACCUUUGUGAUUUUAAUAAAACUGUCACUUAAAAGCAGUCAUUGUUUUAUUAACCACAUGAUCCAGUUUAUUUUUCCUCCUUUCUUCUAAAUCUACAUCAUGUGCUAUGGCACAUUUCCCCUUAUA